CUGGAAGUGACAUCCUCGACCCUGAUUAUUGCGACUCGACCAGUGGGGGGUCUUGACUAAUCCGGUACGGACUGUGUUACUUUUCUCUCCAACUUGGGGAUCAAACAAUCCUCUGUGCGACAGACGGUAUCAUCUACUUGUCUACUCACUGACGAUUGACUCAAAAAUCCCCCGACCAGCCGCAGAUUGCAGGAUGCAUCUCAUCAUUUCCCGGGCGACCAAUCCCAGCUUCCACCCCCGGGCGUGACACACGGCAGGAUUCCUCAGAUGAAAUCCUUCAUGCUGUGAAUCAUCGGGGCCGAUCAGAGCAGCUUCAACUGGGAUUCAGGCGCUUUAUAAAGCAGGGGUAUGUGGUGAAUGGUGUAAUGGUGUAGGGUACACAGUAGAAGCAGAAGCAGAAGCAGAAGCAGAACCAUGUCCACCCAGCGCAUCAUCACCGUCUUCAGGGCCACCGGAAACCAGGGGGGGCUCGGUGAUCCGCCACCUCGUCCGCGACCCGCAGCUGUCAAGCCAAUUCAGGAUUCGUGCCGUCACCAGAGACCCCGACAAGCCCUCUCUGCCCAGGAACUGGCCCGCCAGGGCGUGGAGCUCGUCGCCGCCGACCUCCAACACCCCGUCCUCGAGGGUUCCCACACGGUCUUCCUGGUCACCGACUACUGGGCGCAGGCCAACGCGGCACUGAAAAACCAGCCAGGGCAAGAAUGUCGUCGAUGCGGCCGUCGCGGUCGGGGUGGCCCACCUCAUCUUCUCGUCCCUAGACGAGGUGAAGAACGCCACCAACGGUCGGAACACACACGUGUAUCACUGCGACAGCAAGGCGGCCAUCGAGCAGUACGCGUGGGCCUCGAACAUCCCAGCGACGAUGGUGCUGGUGGGUACCUACAUGAGCAAUUUCCACUUCAUGUUGCACAGGGCCGAGGACGGGACGGCGGUUCGUCAAGGCGAUACUGAAGAAUGCCGACGCGAUGGUCGAGAAGCGCGUGUUGGCAGCGGAACAACAGUCAGUACGUACUACUCUCCCGACCAGAUCGUCGCCAUCUUCGCCUGGGCAACUGGCAAGACGGCCGUC